AUGGACUCAAAUAUAUUGAAAACAGAUUCUUCGUAUUUGUACCAUCUGGGAAAAUUUCUGGAGCCUGCGGUUGGGUACAAUUCCCAAUGGCUACUGUGCUGGCGGGCUACAUUGCACGGCUGGAAUGUCCGUACACAGUUUCACAGACGCUGCGAUGGAAAAAGAGACACAGUUACCAUAAUAAAAAAGGGUAAAUACGUUUUUGGAGGUUACACGGACAUUCCUUGGGGUAAGAAUAUUGCUUGCUCAGUUUAAAACCAAAUAGCAAUAAAACGUAAAGUUGAGCCAGACCAGUCUUCUCAACUAUUUUUAUUGCUGUAAGAACUAGGGAGGCUGGUUGUUACGUAUUAACGAUUCUGUAAAAUUGCGUAUAUGUUGAAUAUCUAUCCUCCCGGUUCCUGGCAAGAAAAUACAUGGACUGUAGUAUUGACUCAAUACUAUGUCUUCAACACAGGCCACCAAACUGUGACACCCACGGGCAUUUUGUGUCUGAUUUUUGGCAACAUAGCUAUUCUUACCAAUUCGAGUACGCUGAUUUCGAAAAUUACUGUUGCCAAGCUCAAGCUUGUGUUAAGGUGGAGUUUUGGGGCAUUUCCUUAUGACAUCACUGUGCAAUAGAUCCAGAAAUGGUUUCAAAGAGUUCUACGUAUAUUUUAAAGACCAUUUAGAGAAUUUAUAAAACGCUGUUUCUGCGAAUUUCGAGGCGUUGCAUGACAAUUCACCACACCCUUUGAUAUAAAAUUCACACAAUUAUGGCUAAAGAUGUGAUAUUUUUCGUAAUAAUUCUAUUGAGAUAAAUAAAAAGUAUAUUAAAAUAAGCCAUUCUUUGAUUGCACGUGCUCUUGACAAUUAUUGCAAAACCUUCCCAUUCCUGCACUUUUCCUCUCACUAAUAGUUACAAGACCAAGGCGACUUCGAAAUUCAAGUAAGUUCACAUAGUUUAGGAUAGCUGGACUGCUUAAUAAAAUGUAGGUGCAUGGAGACAUCUAAAAAGAAAAGGAGCUGCAGCGAUUCUCUCAGUACAGACGCUGAGGAGUGGCUUUCCACAAGGACCGACGAGAGAUGUGCAAAGCUGCUAGAAGCGCAAAGACACAGAAAAGUGUUUGUGAUGAACAAAAUAAAGAGACAAGAAAAAGAGAAAGCGUACGAGAUGUAACCACUCCUAGGGCUUUCCACAAGUUGCUCGGCAACUUUUUGGCAACUUCUCGUACUUCGAGCAACUUCUCGAGUUAUCUUCUAAUUCUGAGAUAUCGGAGCAGCUUUUAGUGCUUCAAAUUGGCCUUUCUUCCAUAUUUCACAAUGUUUAAAUAAACAAUUUCUGAAUUUCCUAUAAAAAAAGAAGCCAAAUCCUCCCUCCUGGGGCAGAUCAUGGGCGCAAGAUAAAAGUAGCCGGGCUGCUAGGUCAGCUGUUUUUAGAGAAAAUUCAUAAUGGUGGACGAAGAUUCACACUCGACUGACUUGUGUCUCGGGUGAAGAAGGACAUUCAACAUUUUUAUUGGCUCAUUAGACUUUCUGGUUUUUAUUUAGGACAAAGUUAUUUAGCAACGCUGGUUACGCCGCAAAAUUGCACAAAAUGCUUAGAAAUCUUACUUUUGUUGUACAAGUUGCACAUUUUAGCAUCAGACCAAAAAAAGUUUUUUGUUUUUUUUCGAGCAACUUUUGAGGAACUUUUGUUUGUUUUUUGAGCAACUUUUUUGAGAAAUACGGGAAACUUUUUGGUUUUUGGAAACUAUUUGGUGCUUAACGAAGAAGAAAAAAAAAACAAGAAAAAAAAGUUAAACAGAAUCAUUACACUUGACGGUGGAAAUUACAAGACUUAAAUCCCAGAAAUUUUCGCUUUCGAAUUUUUUUAACUCCACGCAAACAUGCCAGGCAUCCGACCCGGCAAUCCCGCUAAAAUUUCUCAUAACUAUACAUAAUUCUGCGAAUGUUUGGACAAGAAUCAACCAAUCAAACACUACCCGGUUUUCGGGUAGUGACGUCACACUGGACGGGAUUAGCAGCCGGUCGAUUCAGACGUUGCUAAAAGAGUAAAAAAGGACUCAAAGUAAUUGUCUGAAAUUCAGGCUAAUCUGGAUAAUGCAAUAAAAUUCCGCCUAGCUGAGGUCAGCGAUCUCAUUGGUGCAAAAGAGCCGGCAAGGUACAAAAAGUGUCUGAGCGCUUAGUACCAGACUGGCAAAAAGAAAGAGGAAUCUCAACAGGCAGUUAUCAUUAUGAUUUUAUCUGCUUUGAGCUCGGUCACUAUACUGCAGUGCGUAACCAAAUACUCCAGCUAUCUGACGUAUGGCCGGGAUAUAAUAAGCCAGCCCAAAAAACCAAUACACAAAUACCGCAGUCAUUUAUCAACAGGAAAGCAUCAUGAGAAAAGUUGGAGACUUGUUCGAAUUCUUAAGUACUGAUACAGGGGAUUACAUCACACAAGUUAUGAUGUACGCUGUUAGUAGAUCUACUGCACAAGGAGGGCCAUAUACAGCUACGACAGGCAAAUCCUCAAGUUGGACCCCUCACUAGCGCAAGAUACAGUCUGUUCUUGAAAGAGAUAAAUGGCACCGUUGUCCUAACUGGAUUUAAACCCGGACAACUUCCUGAUGCAGUUCACUGCUAAUAACAUUGACAUCAACCAUUCGUUACUAGGUGGAAAGGACACUUUCCACGCAACACCGGUACCUGGUUGACAAAGAGGCCCAAAUAAAACAAAGCAUUUAGCAAGCUUGAGGCCCAAAGUGAAUUGUGAAAUAACUAGGAUUCAACAUUGCACAAGAAAAACAAAAAGUUGUAUAUGUAUUCCUAAGUACAUUACAAAAAAAUAAUGGCUGUCUUUACACUAGGCUGUUAAGUAAGACUUAAGAGCUGCUAAGUUUUACUUAACCAAAAAUUCGUGUGUGAAGGCCUAAGUAAAAUCUCAAGUAACUUUACUUUGCAUCUCAUUAAAGUCGGAAAGUUGAAACGAUUCAAGAAAGUUUCAAGCGACUUGAAAAGCAUCCUUAAAACCGACUUAGCUGACUUGCGGUUACUUGCAGUUUCUUGGGGUGCUUACCAUUUGACAGAAAAAUCUGGCUGGGGUUUCGAAAGCAUAAUGGUAAGCGAUUUACCAGUUUACCGUAGAGUUGCCACAUCCGUUACGGUUUGAAUCCAAAAAGGGGGCGAAUACGUCUGGAACCGAGAAAUUGGUAGUUGGUAAGCAACAUUCCGUUUGGUUUGUACCAACUGGAAUGAACGGACUACCUCAAAACGUACUCCUCAAUUUUUGGUUGGAAUUUCCGAAAAGUGACCUUACCAUUUACCAUCCAUCCGGAAUUUCCGAAAUUUUCUGUCAAAUGGUAAGCACCCUUGAGGUUUGAGAAAGGCGAAACACGUCAAUCAAUCGUAAUUAUGUUGCGUGGGAAAAUAGCCUUAAGUUAACCCGAAGUAAAAAAGAAUCGGUUGUGUGUGAAGCUUUAUUUUACUUGAAGUAAUUAAAAUUUGCUGCUCUUGAAAUAUUUCUUAGCUUAUUUAGGCUCUAGUGUAAAGACUACCAAUGUGAUAAAUAUACAAGUGAUAAGGUGAUUUUUCUAUAAGAGGGCGUGGUCAAGUGUCACGUGAUGGCUGUAUGUUAAUAUAAGCAGCGUAAAAACAGUCAGAAAUUCUUAGAAUAUAAUUUUUAAAACACUAAUAACGCUUUAAAAGAAUUUCUGUCUCUUUUAAAUUUGGAAUUGUUAAAGGAGAGAAAACCCCUCAUUUGGACAAUGACGUCAUAGUGAGAAUCCCCAAACUCCACCUUAACACAAGAACUGAGUUUGGCAACAAUGAUUUUCAAAAUCAGCGUACUCAAGCUAGUAAGAAUACCUAUGUUGCCAAAAUCAGACAUAAAUGCCUGUGGGUGUCACAAUUUUGGUUUCCUGUGUACCCGACCAGAGUAUACCCGCGCAAAAAAGUGAAAACUACCGUAUUAUAAUAACUCACAGCAAUUUUUGCGGUAAAAUCCUUUAUACUUACCUGACGGGAUACCCGUCGAAUGGAAUAUAUUAGAUACGUCGUCUUUACCCGCGGCGUUCUUCACCAUCAGUCGGCCAUGUCUGAUUACAGGGUUAUUAAUUCUUUCAUUUAAGUCCAAUUCUUAUUUCCUCAGUGGCACUUAUAACAUGUAGAUUUAGCGAGGGCCAAGAACGAAGCUCUCAUUUGAUCUUUUAAGUAAUGCCUUUGAAGAAAGCUGUAAACCUGAGGCUUCGAUACGGACAGUUGUUAGCGGAUACCCUAUUUUGACAAGUGGAUGUCUAAUAUCAAGUUAAUCACAAAUCGAAUAUACCUUAGAUUAACGCUAGUGAGUGUGACAUUUUGCUAAUAUGAAAGGGCGGACGUAAGGACGGAAUAUUGUGUCACAAUUAAAAUUUCUUGAAUGCAUAGAUAACCAAAUUUUAUUAUCCAUAGUGCCCGGCUGCUAGUGUUUCGCGAGCACGAGAGCCCCGCUGUUAUACCUAAUGUUUACCUACAAUCCUCGUCACAUUAUGUUGGGACACCCCGUGCUGUACCCAUUUCCUGACAAAAAAAAUGUGCCCCUUCCCUCCCAGUGUUGUUGUUGUUUUUUUUUGCUUCUGUCAUUCCAACUCGCAAAAUCCAACAUUAAGGGGGUAGAAAAUACCACUACUGUCCCAGCUAUUGUGACGAGUGUUGUAGGUCAGUCAAUUCUUGUACCUUGGUAAAACGAUCAAGUCAAACAAGUCGACAUCAUGUGUUCUUAUUUACAUUGGAUUAUUACGGGAUAAAAAGAAAUGCUUUAUUAUUUUGUUUUCAUUUCAUUUAUUUAUUUCUGCCGCUAAAAUUUAUAACUUCGAGGAAUCCAUCUCCAUUUGUUAUUGUGUCUAGUUACAUAUUUUGCUUUUGUUGUUUACACUUUUAGUUUUUUCGAUCAAGUUAGUGUGUGUGAAGUUCCAGGCAGGGUACCCCCAUAAAUUUCGGAUAGAUGUUUGUCUCCGAGGGCCUGAAGUACUGACCCUACUUGAGGAUGAUAGAAACGAAAACUGAUACCUUAUUUAAGGGCAUGUCUCCGUAAAACCGACCAGUGAUUUCGGAUCAAAAAAUUAAUUUUCCCUGUAUUCUAGGAUAUUAAAGUCUUUACCUAAUUAGUUACAAAAAUGCAUUUUGUUUGACCGGAAAUGCGAAAUAAUUUUUUACGAAUUUUUGAAUUUUCGGCCGGCUGGCACCGCGCCAUAGCCUUUGAAACUGCAAAACUUGCCUACAUUGCCGGGGCUACAGAAAACAAACAACUCGUUCAAGAAGCCCGAUUUUCUUUUUAAUAUACGGAUACACCACCCGAAUUAUUUAUUCAUUUUAACGGCAAGAAUCUUUUUCCUUGCACGUGUUAUCAGUCUGCCAUCAAAACCAAAAAUAGCGCAACUUUGAGGGCAGUUUAAAAAAGUGUGGCACCUGUCUGAACGUUGCUAUCUGUAUUAAUACAAACUAGAAAUGAUAGUAAAACGUAAAAAGGAAUAAAAUUUAUGUGCUUUUCACGUUUUCGAAUAUGAGCACCGUUUGAAUUUCCAGAAAUUUCGAAGAUAAGAUAAUCAACGAACACUUGCCUUGUUAUUCUCCUCUUUUAACUUCGCUGUUUGUAAUGUCCUUCUUGGUUUGUAGAGCCGGGAUACUAUUGUACCUUAAUUAAGCAAUCGCUUUUACUAAAAUAUUGGUUUUCUUAUCAUUUGUCGUCCAAGGGAAUUUUUUGUCCUGUUUGUGAUAAAAGUAAUGGCACUCGUUGCUGGUCGCGAGCGUAACACGGUUGUUUCGUGACAUUUAAAUUUUUUCCGCUAUUUGUUAGAGGUAAUUGCCUUUGAAUCGCCAUACAUCGAUAAAUUUACUUCUUCAUUUUAACGUAGAUGCAUUGAAAAAAUUGGCUCAACACAUUUUAGAGAAGAAAAUUGAGAAUCCACUAAAACGCUACCAAGAGAGAAUGAGGUGAAGCUACAAAAGAUCGUUCCAGGCCCCACUGUUUUUCGAAAAAUCAUUGGACAAGAUUAAGACGUCGAGGAUUUUUUUAAAACGUUUCUACGUGAUUAUGUAUAGGUAAUGAAACCCAAUAAAACCAAGAAAAAAGUGUACAGCUCUUUAAAAUGAUUCAGAAGGGCAAGGGCUAACGUACCUGGGCCGUGGCCACGAAACGUGAACUCUUGCCCUCUUUACUUACCACAUAAUUAUGCAUCCGAAGAGCUCAUGUAGCUUUUGUAGCUUUUCCAUCGGGUAGCGGUAAGCAUUAAGAUUAAGAACCUGGGUCUUAGAGUUCCUUGUUAGCGCAUAUUUUUGUGCCUACAAAAGAACAAGCAAGUCACUGGAAAGAUUUUUGUUGUUUCGAUCUGACCAUGGAGCGCAUGAUCUAAAUCGUUGAUACCCAGCGUUUGGCCCUAUUACUUCAGCAAUGCAUAUUUCUUUUUCCAUGUCUGUUCCCUUAUUCAUUCUUUUCCAUCUCGUUGCUGUUCUAAUCUAAGUAAUGACGACCUUCUUUCUUAGAGGCCAGGUCUAAAAACAGGUAUGGAUUUAAGAGGCCAGGUCUGAAGAACAGUGUCAAACUGAAAUGACCUUUUUUGGUCUGAAAAAGGGUCCGAGCGGCACAGCCCCAACAAGAAUUCCAGCCCCCCCCCCCCUAAUGCGGAUCACCACUAAAAAGGUUUCACUUCAUUCUAUGCGUAUUUACCUACAGAAAUACCAGUGACUGCAGACUGUGGCUCAAUCCAGAUGCGACGGGUAUACCACGGGUAGUUUCAUAAGGCUUCAAAAUUAUUUGUAAUACCAAUUACCGAUUGAAUAGAAAUUUUUGUAAUGCUACAAUACAUUGUCUCUUCAUCUGUUCUUCUGUACAUUUGCUCCAUGAGUAAUUUCCUCUGGCCAAUUUCAAUGCUUAUUUUCCUCAAAUUUUUGUUUUUGCGUCUUGACCGAAGUACUGCAAAUAGCUGUAUCACGACAAUGAUGAGCUUGACUUUCGACUCAUAUCGACUCAUAGCAGAGAAGUACUUUUUCGGACCAACACAAUCGCGACUUGCACUGAUUAUGACGGGUUGAUUGACAGAUGGCAAAAUAAACUCAAAACAGUCUUAUUCCCUAGUAAGAUUCGAGGUCUCGAAAAAUACUUUUAGAAUAAAAGUUGAUUUUAUCAAGUAAAAUUGUCAAAUUUCCGCGUUGUUUCCUGAGUCACGUUCAUCUUCUCUAUUAAAAGCGAAAUGUCUAUUAAUAUUAAAUUGACUUUCAAGAAUGUUAGAAAUCUGGAUGCAGAAAAAAUAAAUAGUUUGUAAAAACCUUCCGUGCACAUUUUACAUAAAGCAAAAAUUCAGAACUACUUUACAAAAUAAACUAGCCUGCGUAGAAUGGCGGUCUUAUCGCGCGAAGCUCGCACGAACGAGCAUUGCUCCCGCCCCAAUCUCCUCGUGGUUUCACAGCCCUCGCCCGCCUUAUAAGCUUGUACUGCGCGCCAGACCAAAACUACGCAGGCUAAUACAGUGGAACCCCGUUAAUACGACCACCAACGGGCCAUGAAAAUUUGGUCGUAUUAACGGGGUGGUCGUAUUAACGGGGUAGGGUCAGAUUUCAUGAGCAUUCUAUUUUAAGUGGCAUCUUGACAGAUGUACAUAACAAUUACAAUGUUUAAAUAAAAAUCCGGGAUGCAAUGUUAAGAAUUUGAUCUUUUAUCUUUAAUAUAUACAUGAUUAUACAACAUUAAUCACGGAAAGAUAAACAUAACUGUAUUAAAAACGAAACGUGAACAGAGUUGGACCGGUCGAGUUGGCUUUACACGUAUCUCGAGACAAAGUCCCUGCUUUGUAUUAAAUGUGUGAGUACUGUACUGUAAAUUUAGUCUAUUGUCUUUCAAGGUCACGAUUUUGAAAAAAAAAUUAGAAACUUUUGUCUGGCUUGUCCUGCGUUGCAACCAAUCCCUCUGGGCAUUAGAGAUUACUUUAGACAGAGAAUCUGCCGUGUCAACAUUCCCCUUGGAUUCAAUUUGCAAUUUAGCUAAGCGGAUGUAAAACCACGGUGCUGUUAAUGUUUUACUGUUGUAUCAGGUUAUUGUAAUUUGCUAUUUGAUGUUAUGAGUGAUCAGUAACAGGACAUACUACAGCUGCAUUUGGUUUGCGUGGUCGUAUUAACGGAGUAAAAUUAUAAAGGAUUAUACAGGUUGAGAUUUCAGAAUGUGGUCGUUGGUCGUAUUAACGGGGUGGUCGCAUUAACGGGGUUUUCUUAUGAGGAAAUGUAUGGGCGUUUCGCCGGGACAAAAAAAAAGUGGUCGUAAUAACGAGGUGGUCGUAUUAACGAGGUGGUCGUAAGGCGGGGUUCCACUGUAAUAUAACCGGAAAAAUCAAACACGUAAUGGAACAAUUCCUUUUAAAGGUUUAAGGAAAACGUUCAAGAGUCAUUCUCUCGACCUUCUCUUUAUGUAAAAUUGGAUUCACAGUUUCUUAGACAACUCAGUCGGCACAGGUUAUCGCCUCCUGAUCAGCAUUAAGAAUACUAUUACAUUACCAUGACUUGAUGAGUAGUUUUUUUUUUUCAACUGAAAGGUAAAAAGCUAAGUCCGUACUAGACUGCAAAACAGUCGGUUUUUCCCUCAAAAUCAGUAAAGAAAUCAGUAAAGCGUGGCGUAAGAGUGUUACGCGCGCGAAGCGCGCGAGCCUCACACGCCCUAUGGGCGUGUGAGGCGAGAGAAAAAAAACCGUAUUUUUAGCGUCUCUCCCCAGUCUCGCUCUCUGUUUUCAGCCUCAUUCCAGACCUUUUGUUUGACUGCUCGCGCGUACUUGAAUACGCAAUAAUACGGACUGUUUUGCAGUCUAAGCCCGUACCUCGAAAGAGACAUGACUAUCCUCGUAGCAAACCUGAGCCCUACACCCACCCUUCUAAACCCCCAUUAAUGCUCCUUGUUAUGGGUAUUUACAGCUACUUAAAGCUACAAGGAAAGGAGAGAAGGCGAAAAAGGGAUUGGAGGUCACAUUUGGGGAUCGGCCUUUAGACUUCUCCCAUAGAAGGCCGCGCAAUAACCAACUGUACUAAUCCUUUCUCCUCAAAAGCAAGUGAAAACGCAAAGUUGCGCAGUAGAAAGCCUACCGGACCGAGUGGGACUUGUGUUUCCAAAAAUUGAGUGAUGUUACAUGAUCAUUUUUUAGCUUUUUGUUGCUCCUAAAAAAAAAAAGAUGUUGACACGUCCUUAAAGGGCGACAGUUUCGAGCCAGUUGCAGCCCAAAUAACGAUCAAUUGUCUCACACAUACGAACAGACCCGCCCUGACGAAUAUCAGUUCGUAUUUUAAGUGGUUCGUUAUAUCUUUUCUUUUCUUUUCUGCAACGUACAUACUGAAUAUGUCUAACCUCGAAAAUCUCUACAAGUAGAUUUUCCCAAGGCCACAGCAGACAGUCAGUCUGUACACUCCUUCGCCAUGGUAAAAAGAACAACAGCAACAACAGCUCGUUAUUAAGGACAGUUUGCUUUGUCCCUGGGGAAAGAAAAUCCUUACAUUUUCUCUAAAUUUACUCCGAGAUGGUCCUAAGAUCUUUAUUUUGCGUUAAAGAUACAAAAAUAGAGGUUUAUUAAUAUUUAACUCUUUGAAAAAAAGGAAUUAAUUUUUAACUUACAUUUUUGUUAACCGUAACUGAAAAAAAUUAACCGAAAGCCGUAAAAGAGCCAAAAUUUUAGCCGAAAGCCGUAAAAGCCACCUCCCCAUUGAGACCCUCUUGUCUGCUUCGUGUUUAUUCCUUUUUACGUUUUACUAUCAUUUCUAGUUUGUAUUAAUACAGAUAGCAACGUUCAGACGGGCCACAUUUUUUUAAACUGCCCUCAAAGUUGAGCUAUUUUCGUGUUUUGACUGAAGGCUGAUGACACGUGCCAGGAAAAAGAUUCAUGCCGUUAAAAUGAAUAAAUAAUUCGGAACUGUGAUAUGGCGAGGACAUCUGGAGUGGUGUAUCCGUACACAUGUUUUAAAAAGAAAAUCGGGCUUCUUGAACAAGUUGUUUGCUUUCUGUAGCGCCGGUAAUGUAGGCGAUUUUUGUAGUUUCAAAGGCUAUAUUGCGUCGGUGCUAACCGGCCGAAAAUUCAAAAAUUCGUAAAAAAUUAUAUUUCGCAUUUUCGGUCAAACAAAAUGCAUUUUGUACCUAAUUAUGUAAAGACUUUAAUAUCCCAGAAUAUAAAGAAAACUAAUUUUUUGAUCCGAAAUCACUGGUUGGUUCUUACGAGGACGGCUCUUCAGAGGCGCACCACCACAAAAUGAGACCCAAUUCAAGAAAAAAAAAACACAAACUAAGAAUUUAAAGGCAACACAUACCCUGCGUGAUCAGAAGGCCUUUUCGUAAAUUAAUUGUCAGUCAUGCACGCGAAGAAAAGACCGUGAGUAAAGAAACGCCGAAAAAGUCUUCAUUAAGUCGCUUUCAUGAUACUCUAAGGUAAAGUUCAGCUAAUAGACCAUUUUUUUUUCUCGUGUAGCUGGGCAUUUAUACCUGUAGACUCUUGAAUGUUAACCAAAUGAUAACGGCGGGAACACAACACUAACAAGGGAAAAAUUGAUUCAGUAUGGAAGAAUAAGACCCUCAAAUACCAUACUUUUUCGGGCGUCACAUACCUAUCUAGCCAAAAUAUGGGAGUACCCCACUCCUCCCCUCUCACAGCCCUCCAAGCAGUCAAGUUGAAGUUUAGUAAAUUGAAUCUAGUUUAAUACCUACUACAGCUAUAAUCAUUUCUGCACAAAACAGGUAUCAAACUUGUUAUGAUCCCGGAAUCGGUUCAAUGAGGCCCUGUUGGAGGGGGUUCUUAUCCCUGUAUCCUUGUAAAUCUAAGAGGACAUAUCCCUUAUCCCUAAACGUUGUAAGAACGUUACUACUAAAAGUCAGGAAACACGCAGGGGGAGGUGCUGGGGGAAAAACUUGCCCCUUUCCGCGCACGUUUUGUGGGAAAGAAAAAAAAAAUGUUUGCCACAAAUUUUUGUAGUUACAUUCAUGUUAGAACGAAAGAAGGUAUAACUGUAGCUGAAAAGAUGCAAUAGUCAUUGUGAUUGUUAUGGCAUUGCAAAGGCUCGAUUAAUCCGUUUCCAGAGGCGACUUUUUACGCGUGUAAACCAGCGGCGAUUUCACAAAGACUCUUCUCUAGUGCUAACAAAAACACAAUAACCAUGCAGCCGUUGUCUCGUGGGUUUUGCGAAUAUAGUAAAAUGGGUUUUCUUGGCGGCAAAGAUAUUCCCACCUUAUUAUCCAGUUUGCGAUCCUAUAACCAAUAAAAGUAAAGGGGAGAAAAAUAAGUGUAGAUCAUAAUUAAUGUAGAACCAUGAUGAACUUUCAUUACUCCCUAAAACAAUUCAAUUAUCCCCAAAAUUAUUUUCUCGAUUAUCCCUUACUGGUUCCCUUAUCCCUAAGGAAAAGGUGUGAAAGGUUAGUCAUCACAUGUCAAUGCAAAUAAGAAAUGCAUUAUCAUUGGCGUAUAUCAUACAUCAUCUCUGUAUAUCUGUCUUUAAAGACUAUGUCCAUUUUCAUAACUAACUGUAAGGAAUAGCAAUACAAUAAACAAAGGGAGGAAAAUAAGAAAAAAAAAAGGAAAGUUGAAAAAAAUGUGUGAUUCCAUUUCACUCAUGGUUCUUAUUAAAUUUGUUUUGUUUUAGUUUAUGAUAAUUCUUUCAAAGUCAAGAAUAAAAAUAAAUAAAUAAAUAAAAUUCAAACUAAGGAAAAUACACUACAGAGUAACUACACCACAGUGUUUACUCAAAAGUUAAUACUUACGUUUUGUUGGUUUGUUAGAGUCCAGUGGUGACUUGGGCUUCACUCGCAAGGCGUUUAUUUUUUCAAUCAGCAAUAAGGAAGAACUGGAUCCCUUUGUAAGUGAGGUGAGGUGGCCAGACGGGGCAAUUUACAGGGCGUCAGCGUCUGGUCCAUGGUUUGGUUUUGACAUCAUCAUUGCUAACAAUAAGAGGGAAUCAUACGCACGCCUUGACUGGGCCUACCCUGCUCCUGCUGCAGUGCAGGACAGGUCCACAAUCCUGGCCGGGACUGAGGACUUCUCACCUGAUGAGGUGGAGGUAUUUUAUCUUGACCCUACUCAAUAA